AUGCGGUCAGCCGUGUCAUUAGCCGCUAUCACCUUAUCAUUGAGCAUAGUAGCAAGCGCACAGUAUGCUCGAUUCCGACGACAAGCUUAUCCGCCCAAUCCAGCACCUUUCCAACCACGUGUCGAAGACUACAACCUACCUCCAUUUUACCAGCCGCAUCCGGGCAGGGACGCCUCUUCGUUGACGCCAAUAUUCCCAUUCACCAGUGAAUUUAACAAUGGUCUGGAUGUGAAUCCUGGCACGAGGGUUACGGUAGAUGGAAAUGUCAAUGUACCCAUACUUGGAUGGGGAAUUUGGGAUUAUAAAGGCGGAAUAAAAGUUGGACGGGCAAAUACCAGAGUCGGCUUUGGCUCUUUACAAAGGCCUACAAAUGUUCUUGGUAUUAGCCCUGAUACUUUAGCUACCUUGGCUAAGGAUGGAAAUUUCAAUCAAGCACGAGAAAACGUUCCAUCAAUACCGGUUUCGGUCCUACCAGGAAACUUUGUGCCUUUACGUUGUAAACCCCCAUUCUGUAAUCCAUUCGUACACAACACCGCUUUCGGUGUUGAUGUAGAGCCAGGAGAUGACUACCUCUUCGAUGGCGGAGUCGAUUUCCCAAUCCCACUUGGACCUUCCGGUGUGGGUGUAAGAUUCCCACUCAGUGGUGCUGUCAAUGUUGGUACCGACCCACUGCUGAUCACUUAUGGUCAUGUUUACUGCCAACAAUAUGGUGGCGAUGAACCGUUGGUCGUGCCUGUGCAGGGACCACUAGCACAGUUUCCGGCGUUAGUGACUGCCGACAAUUUCCCUCUCUUUCCAUUUACUGAUCAGUUCAGUACCGGUAUCGAAAUCAAUCCGGCUAAUAAAGUGUCCAUUGCUGGAGAUCUGAACAUUCCCGUACCUGGCUGGGGAAAUUUUGAUGUUGAUGGAAAUGUAUAUUUUGGAAAUGUAAAUGUGGACACUAAGGUUGGAUAUCAGAUACGACCGACAAACAAACUAAAUAUCAAACCUGAAACGCUAGCAUUGCUUGGGCAAAAUCCAGAAUUUCGAGAGGCUCGCAAGAAAGCCAAAGAAGUUGUCGUUGGUAGGAUACCGUAUGGUUACGAGCCGAUUAAGUGUAAACCACCAUAUUGUAAUCCAUUUGUGCACCAUACUGGAGUUGCUGUUGAAGUUGAACAAGGUGAUGACAGUUUCUUCAUUGGUGGUAUUGACUUCCCUCUACCAAUCGGACCAUAUGGUUCCGGUGUACGAUUCCCGCUUUCUGGUGCUGUAGAAGCGGGAACUUCGCCCUAUGCCUAUGCUCAUGGCCAUGCAUUUAAUCCUGUCUCACCAUUCGAUCUACAAGCACUAAAUGAUGACGAUGUCACACAAGUCGGCAAUCGAAGGCCUAUUCGGCGAAGUCCUGCAAAGAAAAUAAAUAAAGAGGAGUUCUAUAAGAAGUUUUAUGACAAAUUACCACAAUAG